AUGGCUACGGCAGCAGCCAAGCAGUGCCACAAGCCACCAGGAUGGCUACGGCAGCAGCCAGGCAGUGCCACAAGCCACCAGGAUGGCUACGGCAGCAGCCAGGCAGUGCCACAAGCCACCAGGAUGGCUACGGCAGCAGCCAGGCAGUGCCACAAGCCACCAGGAUGGCUACGGCAGCAGCCAGGCAGUGCCACAAGCCACCAGGAUGGCUACGGCAGCAGCCAGGCAGUGCCACAAGCCACCAGGAUGGCUACGGCAGCAGCCAGGCAGUGCCACAAGCCACCAGGAUGGCUACGGCAGCAGCCAGGCAGUGCCACAAGCCACCAGGAUGGCUACGGCAGCAGCCAGGCAGUGCCACAAGCCACCAGGAUGGCUACGGCAGCAGCCAGGCAGUGCCACAAGCCACCAGGAUGGCUACGGCAGCAGCCAGGCAGUGCCACAAGCCACCAGGAUGGCUACGGCAGCAGCCAGGCAGUGCCACAAGCCACCAGGAUGGCUACGGCAGCAGCCAGGCAGUGCCACAAGCCACCAGGAUGGCUACGGCAGCAGCCAGGCAGUGCCACAAGCCACCAGGAUGGCUACGGCAGCAGCCAGGCAGUGCCACAAGCCACCAGGAUGGCUACGGCAGCAGCCAGGCAGUGCCACAAGCCACCAGGAUGGCUACGGCAGCAGCCAGGCAGUGCCACAAGCCACCAGGAUGGCUACGGCAGCAGCCAGGCAGUGCCACAAGCCACCAGGAUGGCUACGGCAGCAGCCAGGCAGUGCCACAAGCCACCAGGAUGGCUACGGCAGCAGCCAGGCAGUGCCACAAGCCACCAGGAUGGCUACGGCAGCAGCCAGGCAGUGCCACAAGCCACCAGGAUGGCUACGGCAGCAGCCAGGCAGUGCCACAAGCCACCAGGNCUCAUCUGUCGUGCUGUCUCAUCUGUCGUGCUGUCUCAUCUGUCGUGCUGUCUCAUCUGCCGUGCUGCCUCAUCUGUCGUGCUGUCUCAUCUGUCGUGCUGUCUCAUCUGUCGCGUCAGACACACCACGUCUCAUCACUUGGCUUCACAAUACAUCACGCGUCAUCAAGUUUCACCAAAUAAUUACCCGUCAUCAAUUACCAAAAAUGAAGAUAAUUACUGA